CGCCGCGCGCGUACCAGAUCGCCCUGUCGACUGCCGCCGUCGCCGUCCCGAAAAGAAAGCGACGCGAAUAGCAUCUGAUGAUCGCGGGCACGCCCGAGAUCUCUGCUGUCGCGUCCGUCCGGCGUUCUCGCCGUCCGCUCCUCCUCCUCUUCCUCCUUCCUCCUUCCCCGUCGCUGGAUAUUUAUUAGUUGCGCUCGGUGCUUACACGGGGCACUUCAUGAGCUUCGCGUGCGUACAUGACGUGUUCUUCCGAUCCAUCCGGGUGUGUUCUGCUGCAGCAUCGUCGAUCGAGUCGGUAGAUUCAUGGCUGUCGAGGGGAAUGAUGUCCGGUCCGAAGACGCUGUGCGGCGAAAGCGGCGGCGGCUUCGGACCAGGCUUCAUUCCCCAUGACUCAUGGAAACGGCAGCGAUCCGCCGACCUUCCCUGUGCGGUGUUCGAGCAGCAAACCUGCGCGCGACCAUGGCUGCAGCCUUGCAGGGCAGGCGUCCAUGUUCUCGACCUUGUCAUCAGCAGGCAGGCAGAUGAUCGAAUGCCUGCUUUUGCAACUCAAGGCAUGGUAGGUAAGCAUGGACACUGACUGGUCUAGUUCCUGCCUAGCAAAGGGAAGGUUCGGUUCACACUUCAGAGCAGGGUUCGGAAUCCGUGCAAGAUCAAAGCACAACUCUUUCUGUAAUUAGAUACCGUGCACCUGAGAAUUGCAGUUACAUACUAACUAGGAACCAAGAGACUCAGAAAUAAAUGUUCUCGAUUUCAUCCA